GAACAUCGCAAAGGACUUGAGAGCGCAAGAACAAACACAAGACAGAAAGAUACAAGACAGAAGGAACUUUUGAUAAUUCCCUUGCUGAAAGUGUUGUGUCGACGAGAGAGUAAGCAGCAACUGCAUAUUAUGGCGAACAUGCGCGAAGUAGAGGAUAUAUCGGAGAUGUACAACAAGAAGCUUUCUAUUGGCCAGGACGAUGCUGUGCAUGCUGGCAUGGAGCCCAUGAACACAAACAACAAACAUGCUCAUUCAGAGGAUGUAAAUUCGCGCUCUGGCGACAAAGCUGCUGCAAGGGGCUAUCGCGCCAGCAGAAGCUGCGCUGCCUGCAAGAGGCGCCUAGGAGGUCCGAAAUGGAUGAUUCAGAAUCUUUUUUCCAUCUUGAAAGGGGAGAAUACCUCGAGGAGGGUGAACAUCGCCAAGUUGCUGCCAAGCCAUCUUGUGGAGAAGCGAGGACGGCUGGUCAUCGAGUCAGCCGAGCCUUUCUUCAUCAUCAGCAUCGACGGACUGGCGUCUGCGCUCUUGAACAGAACGUCCUCUGGCAUCACAGGACGCAUGCUCAGAACGAUCGAAUGGGAGGGUGAUGGACGCAAGAUUCUGCAUGAAGCUGCUAUCAUGGCUCAGCGGACCGCAGACAAGGUGCUCCUCACACUACCCCGGCCAGGGAAGCAGGAAUCGCUCAUUGUUGUCCUUCAAAAGAUUACCGAGGGCGAUCAGAAUCGUUUGGAGGUGCUGAUGUUUCCGACGGACUGUGAGCUGCCAAGUUUUGGCCCAGUCCAGGAGAGGGCAUCCAAGAUUGAGAGCCCAGAUACCGAACUUUGCAUUUCGGAUGAGGAGAUGAUCGAUUCGCAGAGCUGCGAUGAAGAGGACUUUGGAUAUGAGACAGAACUGACUCAAGAGGCUGCGCAGUCGUGUAAAGUAUGUAAAUCCAGAUGAUCUUUUGCUAGUUUUAGGUUUUUCCCUCGCCUCGAUUCACAAUAAACUACUCACAUUCUCAA